AUGUAUGUAGACGAUGUCCUUUCGGGAGCUGACUCUGCUGAAGAUGCUCAACUCACAAUAAAAGAGCUACAGAAUGCCCUAGACUCCGCGGGUUUUCCGUUCAGAAAAUGGACAUCCAACAACAAAGAGGUGUUAGCUCAUAUCCAACCCGAUCAUCUUCUGAACAGCGAUUUCCUUGAUCUCGACACUGAAAGUACAGCCAAGACUCUCGGUAUACGGUGGAGAGCGACGUCCGAUGAGUUUUUCUUCGUUCCACCAGAUCUACCCACAGAAAUGUCCCCCACAAAACGCCAGGUGCUUUCCCAAAUCGCCAAACUGUUUGAUCCGGCAGGCUGGCUCGCUCCAUUUGUUGUGUGUGCCAAGAUCUUUAUGCAAGAGAUUUGGGUUCAGGAGCUGGGGUGGGACGAUAAGCUGCCAUCUGAGCUGUGCCAAAGGUGGCACAGUUUUCUUCAAAGCUAUUCGAUCCUUGAUCAGGUCCGGAUUCCAAGAUGGGUUUCCUUUCGCCCAGAAGUUCGCUUAGAGCAUCACGGAUUUUGUGAUGCCUCCCAGAAAGCCUACGGCGCUGCGAUCUACGUGCGCGUAGAGAUGGGACAUACCAUGAUGGUACACCUGCUCACCGCCAAGACGCGCGCUGCGCCAGUCAAAACUGUGUCGCUUCCUCGACUAGAGCUGUGCGGAGCUUUACUGCAUGCCGAAAUGGCUGAAGCGAUCCUUCCCAGCAUGCCGAUGCUGAAUUCGAAUCUCCACUGCUGGACCGACUCCACUAUUGUGUUGGCGUGGUUAGCAAAACCAGCUUGCCAUUGGACUACAUUCGUUGCCAACAGAGUGACGAAGAUCACUCAGUCCACAGAGGCAGCCAACUGGUCACACGUUCAAUCCGAACAUAAUCCCGCUGACUUGGCUAGUCGAGGGGUGGCCCUUCCAGAGCUUGUCGGUAGUUCUCUCUGGUGGCAUGGACCCACGUGGUUGCAAAGGCCACGCAGCCAAUGGCCUAGCCAGGGGACCGACCUACCCGUGACAGAGAUCGAAAAGCGAGCAGUCAAAGCCCACGUAGCGUAUAUUCCGAACGAAGACUUCCUUGAUCGUUUUUCCAAAUUGGAUAGAGCGUUGCGGGUCCUCGCGUAUGUCCAGCGAUUUAUCAGUCGGUACAAAAAACAAUCGCCGUUUUCAGAUAUCCGUCUGGAGGCCAAGGAACUUGUCGCCUCCGAACGGCUCAUGAUUCUCUGCACUCAGCGCAGGUAUUUAACGAACGAGUAUCGCUGUUUGAGUCAGAAGCUUCCGGUGCCCCCUUCCAGUUCGAUCCUCUCCUUAAACCCUUUCCUAGAUCAGGAGGGGCUGAUAAGGGCAUGUGGCCGUGUCACAGCCUCUGAAAGUUUGCGUUACGAUGAACGACAUCCGAUAAUCCUCCCGUACGAAUGUUCACUCUCUCGGCUUCUGGUAAAGUUCACGCAUCUCAUAGCGCUUCACGGUGGUAAUCAGUUGGUGGUACGUCUCACCCGGUCCAGAUAUUGGGUUCCGAGAAUUAAAAACUUGGUGAAGGCAGUUAUCAAUGCCUGCAAGGUCUGCGUUAUCUACAAAAAGAGAUUGCAAGUUCAGAUGAUGGGAAAUUUGCCAAGAGAACGAGUGUCAUUCUCCCGUCCAUUCACGUACACGGGGAUGGACUACGCAGUGCCCUUCUAUAUAAAACAUUACACUGGUAGAGCAUGUCUUAUCACGAAAGGGUAUGUGUUGGUUUUCGUUUGUUUCUCCACUAAGGCUAUCCAUUUGGAGCCUACUUCAGAUCUGACGACCGAGAAAUUUCUUGCGGCGUUCGCUCGGUUCGUAUCCAUAAGAGGGUGUCCUCGCCAAGUGCAGUCGGACAAUGGGAAGACCCUUGUUGGCGCUUCCACAUUACUGUCUCGGGAUUUUCUCCAGGCCGUUAAAGAAUCUGUGACUGAUGCGUAUAGUCAUCAGCAGCUCGACUGGCAUUUCAUUCCGCCCGGGGCACCCCAUAUGGGAGGCCUAUGGGAAGCUGGUGUCAAGAGCUUCAAGGCAUUGUUCUAUAAAUGCACAGCUACGCGGAAAUAUACCUUUGAAGAACUUGCCACUCUGCUAGCGAAGAUUGAAGCUUGUCUAAAUUCCAGACCGCUAUCUCCCAUGUCAGAGGAUCCCACUGAUCUUCUAGCGUUGACACCAGGGCACUUUCUUGUCGGCGGCCCUCUUCUAUCCAUAGUGGAGCCCGAAAUAAUGGCUCCGCGUAAGCAAAACGCUCAAGUGUUGGAGAGCAGGCGGACUCGAGGCACGCAGUCCUACCGGUGCCGAGUCUGCCAGGGGAUCCACCCUCUAAAGAGAUGCCAGAGGUUCUUCAAGCUGAGCGCGGAGAAGCGGCUACGGGCAGUUCUUGUCAAUAAGGGCUGCGCAAAUUGCCUUGCCCACGAGCAUUCGCAAGAGGACUGCCGUAGCGGUGACCGGUGCAGAACGUGCGAUGAGGAGCAUCACACGCUGCUCCACAUCACCGAGCCUUCCAAAAGGGGCUCCGCUUCUCAGCGGGUCCGAAGAUCGUGGACACCGUGGCGCUCAUAG